CGUGGCCUCCGCCGCACAGAAAUUUUACCCAGGCUCCUGCUGCACCAUGUACCACGCACUCCGGCUCCUCGCGCGGUCGCGUCGCCUUGUGCGAGUUCCACCCACAGCCUCAGCCUUGGCUCCAGGCCCAGGUGGCGUGGCCGCCCUCCCAUUCCGGCCCCCGAACGCCGCUGGAAUGGCCAGCCAGAAUUCCUUUCGGAUAGAAUACGACACUUUCGGGGAACUCAAGGUCCCAAGUGACAAGUACUAUGGCGCCCAGACUGUGAGAUCCACGAUGAACUUUAAGAUUGGCGGUGUGACGGAACGCAUGCCGAUCCCCGUUAUCAAAGCUUUUGGCAUUUUGAAGCGAGCAGCCGCGGAAGUAAACCAGGAUUAUGGUCUGGACCCGAAGAUUGCUGGCGCAAUCAUGAAGGCUGCAGACGAGGUAGCCGAAGGUAAAUUAAAUGACCAUUUUCCUCUGGUGGUGUGGCAGACUGGGUCAGGAACCCAGACAAACAUGAAUGUAAACGAAGUCAUCAGCAACAGAGCGAUCGAAAUGCUGGGAGGCGAACUCGGCAGCAAGAAGCCGGUGCACCCCAACGACCAUGUGAAUAAAAGCCAGAGCUCGAACGAUACGUUCCCCACCGCAAUGCACAUAGCCGCUGCGAUGGAAGUCCACGAGGUGCUGCUGCCAGGGCUGCAGAAGCUGCACGAUGCUCUCGAGGCGAAGUCCAAAGAGUUCGCCCACAUCAUCAAAAUCGGGCGAACUCACACACAGGACGCCGUCCCGCUCACUCUGGGGCAGGAGUUUAGUGGGUACGUCCAACAGCUGAAGUACGCGAUGACGAGGGUGAAAGCCGCCAUGCCAAGGAUCUACGAGCUUGCGGCCGGAGGCACUGCGGUCGGCACUGGUUUAAACACCAGAAUUGGCUUUGCAGAGAAGGUUGCAGCCAAAGUGGCCGCGCUCACAGGCUUACCUUUCGUUACAGCUCCAAAUAAAUUUGAAGCUCUGGCGGCCCAUGAUGCUUUGGUUGAACUCAGCGGAGCCAUGAACACUACCGCUUGCAGUCUGAUGAAGAUAGCAAAUGAUAUUCGUUUUCUGGGUUCGGGUCCUCGCUCAGGUCUGGGGGAGCUGAUUUUGCCUGAAAAUGAACCAGGAAGCAGUAUCAUGCCAGGCAAGGUGAACCCUACCCAGUGUGAAGCGAUGACCAUGGUUGCCGCCCAGGUCAUGGGGAAUCACGUCGCUGUCACCGUCGGGGGCAGCAACGGACAUUUCGAGUUGAAUGUUUUCAAGCCGAUGAUGAUUAAAAACGUGUUGCACUCGGCCAGGCUGCUGGGCGAUGCGUCCGUCUCUUUCACGGAAAACUGCGUGGUGGGCAUCCAGGCCAACAAGGAGCGGAUUGACAGGCUGAUGAACGAGUCGCUGAUGCUGGUGACGGCCCUCAACCCGCACAUAGGCUACGACAAGGCAGCGAAGAUCGCCAAGACCGCACACAAAAAGGGGUCCACCUUGAAGGCCACCGCGGUCGAGCUCGGCUAUCUCACAGCAGAGCAGUUCGAUGAGUGGGUGAAGCCCCAGGACAUGCUGGGUCCAAAGUGAUCGCAAUGCCUUCAUAAUAAAAACGUGCUGGAUAAACUGUCA